UUAAAUCUAAUAACAAAAGUGUAAAAAAAGACGUAAGAUAAAUGAAACACUUAAUUGCUAUAUGCAAUGUAUUAGCAUAUGAAGAGCGUAUAUUAUCAAAAUGCAAAGAAAUAAUCAUAAGAAGGGACAGCCCGGUCCAUCUACUUCUGAUGUCAAACUACCCAAAUUGCCAAGAAUUAAAAUGCCAGAAGAUUUUAAAAUAAGAACGCAGCCAUUGUUUUCUUUACCUGAGGAAGUCUUGAAAUUACCAGCGCCGAAAUUAAAAACGAGCAGGCAGCGUUGCAUGGGCCCCAGAAAAAGAUCUAGCGUAAUGCAAAGUUUCACUGCUAUGAGGAAAGCAAGAGAAGAUUUUAGAGCCAAGCUGAUGAAUUUGAUUUGUCAGUCGGAGCCCGGGGAGGACGGGGACUGUAUACCCACGGGAGAGGAGAAGAACCUACUGCGUUAUUACUACUACAUCAAAUACGGAAUUGACACCAUUCACGUAGCUCCUCUUGAUAAUAAGAUCAUUUUGAGGGUUCACAAGCUCAUACCAAUAAAGUUGAAGAAAUGGAAGAAAACUUUGUUGACGUGCACGGACGAAAUGCGAGAAGACUUUAUGAUGAGCAUGAAGAAGGCGAUUGUAGAUUUCGUUUUAAAAGACCCGAAUACGGAGGAAUCAUUACAAGAAGAUGACACGGAACUUAAACAGGAGUUAGCUAAGAAGGACGACGCCUGGCGAAACCGAUACGUUGUUGCCAAGAAAUACACCACCAGGAAUUUGCAUUGUGUCAACCCUUGUGUUGCCCAAAUAUUGCAGAUUUGGGGGAAACAGUUCAAUGAGCUCCGGCUGAUCAGCAUGCGGGACAUAAUGUCGUCGAGCGAGGCGUACGAGCUGCAGGACUUCUGCUUCAUCUGCAAGCGGCACGUGGAGGCCGCCGGCAACGUGCUCUCGCUGCAGUGGCUGCCCACCAUACAGGCCGUCUUCCUACAGGGUAGUAAGAAAAAGCAAAUACCGGAACCGAAACAGCCGGUGAAAAUGAAGAAGUUCUACAACUGUGUCGCCUGCAUCAUGACAUACAACUUGCAGACUCUGUGUCUCAAGUCCAUGAAAGAUUUCACAGAAUAUAUUCUAGAUGUUGGGGGUAUGAACCAGGGUUUCAUAAUAAACCUGACGUUCCAAAACGAGUGUGUGGAGUUCGAGCCGUCGUUCAAGCAGUUCGGCGAGCAGCUCGGGCUGCUGUACGAGCACAUCGCAGACGCCUGCCGCCAGACGCCGCGGCUGGAGACCACGCUGUACCAGGACUACAGCGAUAAUAAGGGCACUCUCAAGCCAAUAAUCGAUCAAGAGUUAGUGGAACACUACAAGACGACAGUUACUAACUUGAUAAACGAACAAAGGAUCGGCCCCGAGCUUAGAGUUCAGGACUUUGAUGAUUACGUGUGUCUCCUUAAUGGCGAGUCACUCGAGGACGUGGAAAAUUUCAUCAAUUCGGAUCCUGCGAAAACAUUCGAGGAAUACUGUGAGGAGGCCGUGAAGUAUGUAAAUAUGGCGAAAGAAAUUCCGUCGAAAUUGGAGAGCACGGUCGUUAUAGGCAUGUUCCGAAUGCAGCGAGCCGACCUCAUCAACGCCCUGCGCGGCGCCGCGUCGCGCCUCGCCAGCGCGCUGCUCCGCCGCAUGACGGAGGAUUAUCAGAAUAUGAUUAAGGCAAUAUUCGACGAGUACUCCUCCAUCGCGAACACUUUGCUGACGCCGCCGCCGGACACGGCCGCGCUGAUGGCACUGGUGGAGUACUGCGAUACGGUGGAGGGGACGCUGGCCGGAGCCAUGGAGGAGCGGCUCCGGGAGGUGAUGCGGUACAUCGUCUUCCUCGCCGACCACACCACCUUCACGCCGCUGGAGAUGAAGGCCAACAACCAGACCUUCCACUGGUACGCUCGUCUACCCGGCGUCAUCGAGGAGUGUAAGGUCAUUUGCGAUCAGAAGAAGGUCGAAUACCAGGAGUUGCUCAAGGUCCGCAUCGCGAAGUUCAUAGAGGAGCUGUCGACGUACGAGACGCAGUGUAACGAGCUGCAGUACUGGGGCGACAUCGCCGAGCUGCCCAAAUACGUCGUCCGCGCACGGAGACUCGACGAAAAGUUGUCGAAUGCGCUUCAACGGAUCGAUCAGUUUAACGAGGAGGAGACCGCCUUCGGAUGGGAACUGUCGCAGUACCCCAAACGUAAGGCGAUAUUCGACAAACUCGCGCCGUACAAGAAGCUGUAUGACGCCGGCUACGACUUCCUAGAGAAAUAUAACAAUUGGAUGAAGGCGAAGGUGGGCAGUUUUGACCCCGAGGAUAUCGAGGGUGACGUCACCUACUACUACAAAAUUGUAUACAAACUGGAAAAGGCUUUUCAAGAUAUUCCUGACACACACACACUGGCUAGCUCUGUAAGGGAGAAGAUGGACGAAUUCAAGACGCACAUGCCCAUAAUACAGACGCUGGGCAACCCGGGCAUGAAGCCGCGCCACUGGGAGAAGGUGUCGGAGAUCGUCGGGUUCCCGAUAGUCGUGGACGACGAGCUCUCGCUGGAGAAGGUCAUCGACUUCAACCUCGUCGACUACAUCGACAAGUUCGAGGGCAUCUCCGAGGCCGCCACCAAGGAGAACAACCUCGAGAAAGCGCUCGACAGGAUGAUGAAGGAAUGGGCUGAUUUGGUGUUUGAGAUUUUGCCGUACAAGGAUACGGGGACGUAUAUUUUGUCAAGCAUCGACGACAUACAACUUCUGCUGGAUGACCACAUCGUCAAGACUCAGACUAUGAAAAAUUCGCCCUAUAUCAAGCCGUUCCAGGAAACUAUUAUCGAGUGGGAAGGCAAGCUGGUGCUGCUGCAGGAAAUCCUGGAUGAGUGGCUGAAGGUGCAGGCGACGUGGAUGUACCUCGAGCCCAUCUUCUCGUCGCCCGACAUCCAGCAGCAGAUACCUGAGGAGGGCCGACGGUUCAGCGCCGUCGAUAAGAUGUGGCGAGAAAUAAUGAAGGCGGCGUACGCCGAGCCGCGCGUGCUCGACGUGAUCACGAUAGAGAAGAUGCUGGACCGCCUCAAGAAGUCCAACAACCUGCUGGAGAUGGUUCAGCGCGGCCUCAACGCGUAUCUUGAGAAGAAGAGGCUCUUCUUCCCGCGUUUCUUCUUCCUGUCCAAUGAUGAACUGCUGGAGAUUCUAUCGGAGACCAAAGACCCUACACGUGUCCAGCCUCAUCUCAAGAAGUGUUUCGAGGGCAUCGCGCGGCUGACGUUCACGGAGGACAUGGCCAUCACGCACAUGAAGUCCUCCGAGGGCGAGGUGGUGCAGCUCACCACGGUCAUCAACACCGUCGCCGCUAGGGGACAGGUAGAGAAAUGGCUGCUAGAGUUGGAGACGGCGAUGAAGGCGUCGGUGCACCACGUGGUGGCGCUCGCGUACAACGACUACGUCAACAGCGACAGGGAAAAGUGGGUGCUCGUUUGGCCUGGACAAACGGUGCAAUGUAUAGCUAUGACGUACUGGACGUCGGAGGUGACGGAGUCCAUCCACGCCGGCAUCCCGGCCAUGCGGUCGUACUGGGAGAAGUGCAACCACCAGAUCUCAAGGAUUGUCGACCUCGUCCGCGGCGAGCUCAGUCUGCAGAACCGCAUUACACUUGGCGCUCUGGUGGUGCUGGACGUGCACGCGCGCGACGUAUUACUAGAGCUGAUCGACCUCAACAUACGAGUCGACAACGACUUCAACUGGCUCUCGCAGAUCAGAUACUACUGGGAGGAGCAAGAAGAGGAACAUACACACAAGAUCGUGACGCGGAUGAUCAACUCGCAGCUGCUGUACGGGUACGAGUACCUCGGCAACACUGGCCGCCUCGUCGUCACGCCGCUCACUGACCGCUGCUUCAGGACACUGUUCGGUGCUCUACAUCUAAACCUGGGCGGCGCUCCCGAGGGUCCUGCUGGGACGGGCAAGACGGAGACCACGAAGGACCUGGCCAAGGCCGUGGCGAAGCAGUGCGUCGUGUUCAACUGCUCCGACGGCCUCGACUACAUCGCACUCGGGAAAUUCUUUAAAGGUUUAGCAUCAUGCGGCGCGUGGUCGUGCUUCGACGAGUUCAACCGCAUCGAGCUGGAGGUGUUGUCGGUGGUGGCGCAGCAGAUCCUGUCCAUCCAGCGCGGCAUCAACUCGGGUGCUGCCGAGUUGCUGUUCGAGGGCACACUGGUCCGCCUCGACCCCACCUGCGCCGUCUUCAUCACCAUGAACCCCGGGUACGCGGGACGCUCCGAGCUGCCUGAUAAUUUGAAGGCACUGUUCCGCUCCGUGGCAAUGAUGGUGCCGGACUACGUGCUGAUCUCCGAGAUCGAGCUGUACGCGGCGGGCUACCUCGACGCCAAGCCGCUCGCCGUCAAGAUCGUCGCCACCUACAGACUGUGCUCCGAGCAGCUCUCCUCGCAGAGUCAUUAUGAUUAUGGCAUGCGUGCGGUGAAGUCUGUGCUGCGCGCGGCGGCGGCGCUGAAGCUGCGGUACCCGGCGGAGCACGAGGACGUCAUCCUGUUGCGCUCCAUCAAGGACGUCAACCUCCCCAAGUUCCUCGAGCAUGACGUACCCUUGUUCAUGGGUAUCAUCGGUGAUCUGUUCCCCGGUCUACCGCUGCCCGAAGCCGGUCUGCCUCAUCUGGUGGACUGUCUGAAGGAAUGCUGCGUUACACUUAACUUACAGGCUAACGACUUCUUUAUUGAGAAGGUUUUACAACUAUACGAGAUGAUCCUCGUUCGGCACGGGCUGAUGAUAGUGGGACUACCUUUUUCCGGCAAGACCAAAUGCUAUCAGGCGCUUGGACAUGCGCUGGGAUUGGUAUCUGAAAAGAAACUGAUGGCGGAGAACCCGGUGGAGUGGAUCGUGAUCAACCCUAAGUCGAUCACGAUGGGCCAGCUGUACGGGCAGUUCGACGCCGUCUCGCACGAGUGGUCCGACGGCAUCCUCGCCGUCUCCUACAGAUACUUUGCCGUGUCUACCAAUGACAACAGAAAAUGGCUGGUAUUCGACGGGCCGGUGGACGCGGUGUGGAUCGAGAACCUGAAUACAGUGCUGGACGACAACAAGAAGCUGUGUCUCAUGAGCGGCGAGAUCAUCCAGCUGGCGCCCACCACCAAUCUCAUAUUCGAGCCCAUGGACCUCGAAGCCGCUUCACCCGCCACGGUGUCUCGAUGCGGCAUGAUAUAUAUGGAGCCGAAGGGUCUGGGCUGGAAGGUGGUGCUGGAGUCGUGGCUCAACACGCUGCCGGACAAGCUGCACGGCUUCAACAGGAACAUCAUCCGCUCGCUCUUCCACAGGUUCAUGUCGCCGCUGCUGUGGCUCGUCGAACUUUCUGGACUUGUCAAACAAAUGUAUAUUACGUCUCGGAGCAACCUGGUGGUGGCAUGUAUGACGCUGUUCGACACCUUCAUGGACGACUUCCGCGAUGAAAAGAUCGUGGAGCAGCUGUCAGACCUCGACAUCAGAGCACAGCUCGAGGGCGCGUUUUUCUUCUCGUGCAUCUGGUCUAUCGGCGCGACGCUGGACGGCCCCAGUCGGCCCAAGUUCGACCUGCUGUUCCGUGCUCUUUUAGAAAAAGAGUUUCCACAAAAGAUAAAAGAGGAGCUCGGGUACGGCAAGGAGAUUCCGAAACCGGAGAAGCAAUACAUAUUCAUGCUACCAAAGGACGGUCUUGUUUACGACUAUCGUUUUAUCAAAGAGGGCAAAGGCAAGUGGAAGCCGUGGCAGGAUGACGUGGCGUCCGCGGCGCCCAUCAGCCGCGACACGCCGCCCAACCAGAUCCUGGUGAGCACGGUGGACGUGGUGCGCUACCUCGCGCUGUUCCGCCUGCUCGUCACACACCAGAAGCCCGUCAUGAUGGUCGGCCCCACCGGUACCGGGAAAUCCUCCUAUAUCAUUGAUUACUUAGUGCGGAGGGUGGACACAAAAGUCUAUAAAGCGUUGUUAAUGGCCUUCUCCGCGCAAACGAAUUGCAACCAGACGCAAGAUAUAAUUAUGGGAAAAUUAGAUAAGAGAAGAAAAGGUGUGUACGGUCCGCCUAUCGGGUGCCGCUGCGUGGUGUUCGUGGACGACGUGAGCAUGCCGCAGCCGGAGACUUACGGCGCGCAGCCCCCGGUCGAGGUGCUGCGGCAGGCCAUCGACCUCAAGCUGUGGUACGACCGCAAGACCAACGCUGCACUGCACCUGCUGGAUGUUCAGUUCAUGUGCGCGAUGGCUAAGCCCACGCCCGGUGCGAAGUUGGUGACGCCACGUUUUUCCAGACACUUCUCGUUCUUCUGUAUUGACGAGUUUGAUGAUGAAACAUUGCGAGUCAUUUUCGGCAAGAUUAUGUUAUGGCACUUGGAUACAAGAGGGUUUUCAAAGGACUUUGAUCCGUGCAUUGAAGAAAUCGUAGACGCGACUCUAGAGGUAUAUAAGCAGUGUCGUCUCAACCUACUGCCCACGCCGUCGAAGUCUCAUUAUACCUUCAACUUGAGAGACUUCUCAAGAGUUAUCUUGGGCGUGCUUCUCUCCGUGCCCGAGGUGACUCCCGACCUGCAGUCCAUGAAGCGUCUGUGGGUGCACGAGUGCCUGCGCGUUUUCUCCGACCGCCUGGUGGAAGACGCCGACAGACAGUGGCUGGUCUCCUGUCUCCGGAGCGCCACCGCGCAGCACCUCAAUGAUGACUUCGACACCAUGCUCGCGAGGCUUGCUGACAACGAGGGUGAACCGAUAACGGACCUCCACCUCCGCAAGCUGAUAUACUGCGACUUCGCGAACCCCAAGGUGGACACGCGCUUCUACAUGGAGACGGUCAACAUGGACCACCUCAACUCCACCGUCGACGCCUUCCUCGUAGAGUACAACAACAUGUCCAAGAAGCCCAUGAACCUCGUUCUUUUCAGAUUCGCGGUGGAGCACGUAUCCCGCAUCUGCCGCGUGCUGGCGCAGCCGCGCUCGCACGCGCUCCUGGUGGGGCUGGGCGGCUCCGGCCGGCAGUCACUCACUCGCCUCGCCGCUCACAUCAACGAGUACGACCUCUUCCAGGUCGAAAUGAGUAGAACUUAUGGGAAAACGGAGUGGCGGGAGGACUUGAAAACGUUAUUGAAAAAGUCGAGUACGCCGGAUCUACACAUGGUGUUCCUGUUCAUAGAGUCGCAGAUCAAAGAGGAGGGUUUCCUGGAAGAUGUGAACAACAUGCUUAACUCGGGGGAGGUGCCCAAUAUAUUUAAUGCUGAUGAAAAAUCGGAGUUAUGCGAGAAGAUGCGUGUUAUAGACCGUCAGCGCGACAAGUCGCUACAGACGGACGGCAGCGCGCCAGCGCUGUACGCGUACUUCGUGUCGGUGGUGCGCGACCAGCUGCACGUGGUGCUGGCGAUGUCGCCCGCCGGCACGGCACUGCGCACGCGCAUACGGCGGUUCCCCUCGCUCGUCAACUGCUGCACUAUAGAUUGGUUCCAGGAAUGGCCGGCCGACGCGCUCCUGGCCGUGGCCACCAGGUUUCUAAAGGACGUGCAGCUGACUGAGCUGGAGCGGGAGACGUCCAUCAAGCUGUGCCAGAUGUUCCACACCGACACCAGGGACCUCACCGACCAGUUCCUGCUGCGACUCAAGAGAUACAACUACGUCACACCCACAGCGUAUCUCGAGCUUAUUAACACGUUUAAAACGUUGCUCGCUUCGAAGCGAACGGAACUUCUAUCGGGUGAGAAGCGGUAUCUAACUGGCUUGGAACAACUCGCCGUGGCUGCUAAAUCGGUGGCGGCGUUGCAAGAGGCAUUGGAGGUGUUACAACCAAAACUAGCUUCAGCGGCAGCAGCCGUGGCCGAAACUACCUCUAUAGUAGAGAAAGAAAAGGAAUCAGUUGCUUUGGUAGAAGCCGAAGUGCUUGUCGACCAAGCUGCAGCUGAAAAACAGGCGAAAGAAGCCCAAGAAAUAAAAGACGAAUGUGACGCGGACUUAGCUGAGGCGAUGCCAAUUCUCAACGCAGCUCUAGCUGCCCUGGACACGCUCACUCCCCAGGACAUCACAUUCAUCAAGACCAUGAAGAGUCCACCGAAAGGCAUCCGCCUGGUCAUGGAGGCCAUAUGCAUAUUGAGGUGGGAUGACCCGGAGGUAAAACCAGACAAAGUUCCGAACCCGUCUGGUGUGGGUACUAUAGAAGACUAUUGGGGUCCAUCCAAGAAGCUGCUCAACGACAUCAAAUUCUUGGAAACCCUCCAGAACUACGAUAAGGACAACAUCCCGCCGGCCGUAAUGAAGAAACUCAUGGCGACAGUGAUGCAGGACGAUGGCUUCGUGCCAGAAAAAAUUAAAACCGUGUCCGUCGCGGCCGAGGGCAUGUGCAAAUGGGUGAUUGCAAUGACCAAAUACGACAAAGUGGCGAAGAUAGUAGCCCCAAAGAAACAGCGGCUGGCCGAAGCUCAAGCUGUGUAUGACAAAGCGAUGGCGGCCCUGGCUGUCAAACAAGCGCAGCUCAAGGAAGUUCAGGAGAAACUAGCUAACCUAGAAAACGUGCUAACUGAGCAGAGUAAGCAACAGAAAAUGUUGGACGAGGAAGUGUUGGACUGCAGCAACAAACUGAAGAGGGCUGAAAUGCUCAUAUCGGGUCUCGGAGGGGAGAGGAUUAGAUGGACAGAAAUUGCUAAGACAAUGCGUGAUACUUAUAACUCUCUGACAGGGGACAUUCUUAUUGCGUCUGGUAUUAUUGCAUACUUGGGACCAUUUACGGCAUCAUUUAGGAAUGAACAGAUAAAGAAAUGGGCUGAAGCGUGUCACGAGUGCGGUAUCGUGUGCACGCUCAACUUCAGCCUGAUCAAGUCGUUAGGGGAGCCGGUCACGAUACAGCAGUGGAACAUCGACGGCCUACCCGCAGACGAUUUCAGUGUCGAGAGCGCUAUUAUUAUAAAGAGUGCUCGUCGGUGGCCCCUGAUGAUUGAUCCGCAGGGUCAGGCCAAUCGUUGGAUCAAAAAUAUGGAAAAGCCGAAUAAUCUCAGCGUGGUUCGAAUGACUCAGGCUGAUUUGAGUCGAGUCAUGGAAAAUGCGGUGCAGUUCGGACAACCGGUGCUUCUAGAAAAUGUAUUGGAAGAUCUCGACCCAAUGCUCGAACCAUUACUUCAGCAACAGACAUUCCGUCAAGGAGGAGCAUUGUGUAUAAAAAUUGGGGAUACCAUCGUGGAAUACAGUAAAAGUUUCAGGUUGUAUAUAAGCACAAAGCUAGCGAAUCCCCAUUACCUACCAGAAGUGAGCGUACGAGUGACGUUGGUAAACUUCAUGCUCGCUGUCGACGGUCUUCAAGCGCAACUGCUAGCGCGCACGGUGGCGAGGGAAAGACCUGACUUACAGCAAGCUAAGUCAGACUUGACCACUCAAGGCGCUGAGCAUCGCCGCCAAUUGCAAGAGAUCGAAAAGAAGAUACUAAAUGUUCUUUCCACGUCGGAACACUUGCUGGAAGACGAAGAAGCUGUUCAGGUUUUAAACUCAGCUAAAGAUACGUCAAAUGAAAUCAAAGAAAAACAGGAGGUAGCUGCGGUCACAGAAAAAGCUAUCGAUGAGGCUCGAAACAACUACGUGCCUAUUGCUGUCCAUUGUACGAAUUUGUUCUUCUUGAUUGCUUCGUUAGCAAGCAUCGACCCGAUGUACCAAUACUCACUGGGCUGGUUCGAGGGUCUGUUCACGUCGUCCAUCGACAACACCGACAGAGUGGACGAUAUCCCGCAGCGCCUCAACAUACUACGCACGCACUUCACUUACUCGCUCUACAAUAAUAUCUGUAGAAGUCUCUUUGAGAAGGAUAAGUUAGUAUUCUCCCUCUUGCUGACGAUGACGAUAGAGACUGCGGAGGGCCGUCUGUCGCCGGCGCACGUGCUGUUCUUACUGGCGGGUGCGCAACCACGACAUGUGCCCGAUAACCCCUCCUCCUUCCUAGGACCUCAGGCAUGGAAGGACUUUAUUGGGCUCAACGAAUUGGAAAAAUUCCGUGGCAUACUUGACCACUUCAAGUCUAAUAUGAAAAAGUGGGAAGCGUUCUGUAACGCCGUCGAUCCUCAAAACCAGCCGCUGCCAGCGCCCUGGGACACUCAGUUAGACUCGUUCGAGAAAUUGAUGGUGCUUCGAUGUAUGCGCUUGGAUAUGAUGGUGCCUGGUGUCCUAAAAUACGUGGAAAGUCACUUGGGUCGCGAGUUAGUGGAGCCACCUCUGUUUGACCUUGAGUCUUCUUACUCAGACUCGCACUGCUGUAUUCCACUUCUAUUCGUAUUAACCCCUGGAUCGGAUCCAAUGGGUACUCUGUUGAAGUUUGCUGAUGACCAGGGUUUCGGCUCCUCUCGCCUAUACUCGUUGUCUCUGGGCCAAGGCCAAGGGCCUAUCGCGGUGAAGCUGAUUGACGAGGGUGUGAGAAGCGGCACGUGGGUUGUGCUGCAGAACUGUCAUCUCGCUAAAAGUUGGAUGCCGAUGUUGGAGAAGAUUUGCGAAGGAUUAUCUCCGGACACGACGCAUCCCGAUUUUCGAUUAUGGCUUACAUCGUACCCGGCCGAUCACUUCCCCGUCUACGUGCUGCAGAAUGGAAUCAAAAUGACCAACGAGCCGCCGCAAGGACUGCGAGCGAACAUAGCGCGGUCAUACAACAGCGACCCCAUCAACGACCCCGAGUGGUUCGAGGGCAACAAGCAGCCGGAGCUCUUCAAGAAGCUGCUGUUCGCGCUGUGCUUCUUUCACGCCGUGGUGCAGGAGCGCCGCCAGUUCGGCCCGCUCGGCUGGAACAUCCGAUACGAGUUCAAUGAGACCGAUCUGAGGAUCAGUGUUACUCAGCUCUACAUGUUUUUGAACGAGUAUGAGGACGUGCAAUUCGUGGCUCUGCGCUACCUGACGGGCGAGUGCAACUACGGCGGGCGCGUCACGGACGACUGGGACCGCCGCUGCCUCAACACCAUCCUCGACAACUUCUACAACCCCAGUGUCAUCACCGAGGACAACCACAAGCUCGAUCCAAGCGGCGUGUACUACAUCCCUCACGUGCGCGAGCACUCGGAGUUCGUGUCAUACGCGCGGUCGCUGCCGACGGCGACGCCGCCGCAGGUGUUCGGCUUCCACCCCAACGCCGACAUCACCAAGCACUUCCGCGAGACCGCCGACCUGCUAGAUACAGCGCUGCUCACGCAGGAUCGCACGGACCUCUAUCAACAAUACCUCGACACGAUGGCGGCUGGCGAGUCCAAGGUAUCCCCGGAGGAGCAGGCGAUGGUGAUAGCGGAGGAGGUGCUGGCGCGGCUGCCGGAGCAGGUGGUGUGGGGACCGUCGCACGAGGGCGCCGUGCGGCCCGCCGACAUGACGCCCAUGUCCAUCGUCGUGGUGCAGGAGGCCGCCCGGUACGAGCGCCUCGUCCGCGUCAUCAGAUCCAGCGCGAGAGCCGUCAUUGGCGCUGUUCAAGGUGUAAGCGUGUUGACGGAUAUAACGGAGGAGGUGUUGACCAGCAUGGUGCGCGGGCGCGUACCCUCGCUCUGGGCCGACAAGAGCUACCCCUCGCUCAAGCCGCUGGCAUCCUACUUCGACGAUCUGCUGGAGAGACUGAAUUUCCUCCAGAAGUGGCACUCACUGGGUCCGCCGCCUGUGUUCUGGCUGUCGGGCUUCUACUUCCCCCAGGCCUUCCUCACCGCCGCGCAGCAGAGCUACGCCCGCAAGUACAAGAUACCCAUCGACCAGCUUGCCUUCCAUUUUGAGGUGCAACGACAAACCAACAUCACAACGCCGCCGGAGGAGGGCGUGUUCAUCAACGGGCUGUUCAUGGAGGGCGCGCGCUGGAACAUGAAGAAGUUCAUCGUCGACGAGUCCAUCCCCAAAGUGCUGUACGACGAGUUCCCUGUGAUGUGGCUGCUGCCGAAGAAACGCGAGGAGGUGGGCGGUGGGCAGGUAUAUCCGUGCCCGCUGUACAAGACGGCGUCGCGGCGCGGCGUGCUGUCCACCACGGGCCACUCCACCAACUACGUGCUGACCGCGCUGCUGCCCACCGCCGCGCCGCACACGCACUGGGUGCUGCGCGGCGUGGCGCUCCUCACGCAGCUGCCUUAUUGAUCUCAGAAUUUAA